GAUUAAAAAUAUCAUUAUUGAACACGAAUAGAAACGGUAAGAACACCGUGUUCCUCUGCCGAACAGCAAUUAUUUACAUCCUGCGUAUUUACAUACAAUGCAGUACUAAUCGACGCAUGAUAAUUCCAUUUAGUAAUAAAUGAAACGUUCAUCGACCAAGCGAUAGAUCGAUAAAUUCCGUCUAACAAUGAGUGUCGUAAACGAUAUAUCGUUCGCGAGUUCGGAGAAGGAAUCGACCGAAAAAAAAUUCAUAUCUCGUUCUAGACACAACAUUGUCAACGGAUUACUCUUAAUAUAUCGUCGAAACUCGCACGUGACUAUUGUCUAUUACGUCUAUUGGUCGAUUAGUUCGAUUGUACGACGAGGUACGACGAGUCGCGGUCGAUAGGUAUCCUCAGGAGAUUCCACCAGUGUGAUACUUCAGGGAAGACAACGUGACAAAGUGUGCAGUGGCGGGUCGGACGAGUCGUUUGUCCUUUGCUCGUUCGCCAAAAAUCGAACGCAUCGUAAUAUAUAUCGGAAGUCGAAUCGAUGGCGUCACAGGCUGGAUCCACGAUUCAAGCUAACCUCAAUGAUUUCACCAAACAGAACCGGAUGAAGGUCGCUCAACCUAAAGACAGCGAGCUAGGAUCGCCGUUUCGACGCGCCGCGUCCCUCCGGCUGCCAAAAUCAUCCAACUCGAGCAACACCGUCGAUCGCAAUCGAUUGCACGUGUCGCCGUGCGACGGCAAACCAUCACCAUCGCCAGCAUCCAUAACCCCGGAUAAGGCGGACGCCACACCAGUCCGGCCCGCCAGGCACUCCGCACCUGCGAUCGACGCACCUGCGCCGGAAUACCUCGCCAGGAAUCUUCUCCAGCUUGGCUGUCCCGUCGUGUCAAUGCCCACACCUCGUGGAGGAGUUGGGUCUGAGCCUCCGCAGAGUAGCGACAGCGAUGAAUACUCGACGACUCAUACCCAACAGCAGCAGCAGCAGCAGCAGCAGCAGCAGCAGCAACAGCAGCAGCAGCAGCAGCAGCAGCAGCAGCAGCAGCAGCUGCAACAGCAGCAGCAGCAGCAUGGUCAUGGGCAUGGGUAUGGUCAAGGACAGGCGGAUAUCUACAACGUGCCCAAAGUCCAGGUGUCGGGACCAUCGAACAAUGAUGAAUCCUCUUCCGUCGUCAAUGGGUAAGUCUGAUCCUAUCCUAUUCCUAUUUCUGACGAUG